GCAAGGAGUACGCACCUAUACAUGCAUUAAUAUAGGGUUACUCCAAGUAAAUUAUUUUAUCAAGUUCAAUAGACAAGGAGAUGGUUUGCCGCCAGACCCUUUCAAGCAUGCAAAACGAUAGUUGUCCUGUGCAACUCGGACCAUGUCCAACCCGCAGUUUCUCCACGGAGGAUGCUGACAAGGAAAACAUAUCGAGCGACGAGAUUAGAGAUACUGCAAUCUCUGAGAUCGCUCGAAAUAUUAGCCGCAGCUCAACAAUUGGCGCCGCCGAUGCGAGGACUGUAUUCAAUCCAGUCCCUGGCAGCAAACUUGACCCCCAUUCCCCCUCAUUCGACCCGACCGCCUGGGUAAAGUCUUUCAAGGCUCUACUUGAAGGCCAAGAAGACAGAGUCUGUCCCAGGCGAGACGCUAUCUCAUUUCACAAUCUUAGCGUUUCAGGACAUAGUGUUGGGACAGCAUACCAGAACACCACGGGGAAUAUUUUCCUGACCGCUCUGUCGUCGCUCGCCAUGUUAUUCAGCAACAACCGGAAGAAAAGCAAAACCGAAAUCCUCCGUGAAUUCGAUGGCAUUGUGAGCCAUGGAGAGAUGCUUCUUGUCCUGGGGCCCCCAGGAUCUGGAUGUUCCACGUUGUUGAAAACGUUAGCUGGCCAAACGAAUGGAUUGAACGUCUCCCGCGAAUCGUAUCUGAGUUACCGAGGAAUGCCAGCGAAGGAGAUGUAUCACUCGUUCCGCGAUGAUAUUUUAUACAAUGCUGAACUGGACGUUCACCUUCCUCAUCUGACUGUGGGGGAGACAUUGACGUUCGCAGCUCGUGCAAAGGUAGGGAUGCAUAUUCUGGGAGGAUUUAGCCCAACUCAAAUAAGCAAUACUAUCCGGGAUGUAGUGAUGGCUAUUUUUGGGAUAGCACAUACGAAGAACACCAGGGUGGGCGAUGAAUACGUUCGAGGUGUCAGUGGUGGUGAGCGCAAACGAGUCAGCAUUGCUGAGGCUGCCUUGACUGGAGCUAGGUUCCAAUGCUGGGAUAAUUCCACCCGUGGAUUGGACAGUCGCAACGCCAUCCACUUCUGCAAGACCCUCCGUGUUCAAGCAGAUUACAUGGAUGUGGCCUCCGCGGUGGCUCUUUAUCAGGCACCACAGGAGGCGUAUGAGCUUUUUGACAGGGUGACCGUGCUCUAUGACGGAUUGCAGAUUUUCUAUGGGCGGGUGGAAAUGGCUAAGAAGUACUUUGAGGAGCUUGGAUUUGAGUGUCCCGAGAGGCAAACAACGCCCGAUUUCCUAACUUCCAUGACAAGCGCACAGGAGCGCAGGGUCAAGCCAGGUUACGAGCAUAAGGCUCCGCGGAGUCCAGAAGAAUUUGCCUCUAGAUGGAGAGAGAGCGAGCAGCGCCUGAGCCUGCUGAAGGAAAUAGAGGAGAAUAAAGUCGGCUAUGGUGAAGUCCAACAUCUGAAAAACCAGAGAAAGAACAGCUCAACCAAUUCUGGGGCGAAUCACAAGUACAGGUCUCCUUAUACCUUGCCCUACUGGCGCCAGACCGAGCUUUGCCUCUGGCGCGGUUGGAGACGACUAUUGGCAGAUCCGGAGUUCACAAUUGCUCAGCUCUUGUUCAACUUCAUCGUUAGUCUCGUACUGGGGUCUAUGUUCUAUAACAUGAGGGCAGACACGUCGAGCUUCUAUUAUAGGGGCGGAGUGAUAUUCUUUGCCCUCCUCUUCAACGCCUUUGCAAGCCAACUGGAAGUCCUUACACUCUACGCCGAACGGCCAACCGUCGAAAAGCACAAUCGUUAUGCAUUCUAUCGACAGUCUGCCCAGGCGACCGCGAGCUUUUUGAUUGACAUCCCAUACAAGACAGUGAACAUGAUCAUAUUCAACGUGAUCGUUUACUUCAUGGCUAACCUCCGACGGGAAGCUGGUUCCUUCUUCUUCUUCUGUUUAACUACAUACCUCACCACUUUGACCAUGUCCUCGGUGUAUCGCACUCUCGCAUGCGUGACGCGCACUUCCCAUCAAGCGAUGGUUCCCAGCUCUAUACUUACCCUUGGGGUGAUGAUUUAUACGGGAUUUACUAUACCUACGUCAUAUAUGCCACGAUGGUCUCGCUGGAUGAACUAUAUCAACCCACUAGCUUAUGCAUUUGAAUCGCUGAUGGCAAACGAGUUUCAUGGACGGGGUUUCCCAUGCGCUAAGAUAGUCCCCUCAGGGCCCGCAUAUGACGAUGUGGCCGUCGACAAUUGGAUUUGUGCAUCAGUGGGAGCUAGGCCAGGUUCCCAUGUCGUCGAUGGGGAUGAUUACAUCAACAUUUCGUUUGGCUACUGGAAUUCUCAUAAAUGGAGAAACGUAGGGAUCCUUUUUGCAUUUCUCGUAGGCUUCUUCGCGUUAUAUACCAUUUCCGCGGAGUGUGCUCGUCCCCCGGAGAGUAAGGGGGAAGUAUUAGUUUUUCGGAGAAGGCGGAUGCCACGCACUCCUCAGAGCGCCGACCUUGAAUCAAGACCUAAACUGCAGCCGCUACUUGAAAAGGCACAGGGAAGAACUAUUAUCAAGGAUGGCGCGGACCUAGGAGCUGUCUUCCACUGGGAAGAUCUAUGCUAUGAUAUCAAGAUCAAGGGGGAGGACCGCCGGAUUCUGGACCAUGUUGAUGGCUGGGUGCGACCAGGGACGUCAACAGCACUUAUGGGCUCAUCUGGCGCCGGGAAGACAACACUUCUAGAUAUCCUGGCGAGCCGAGUAACGGUAGGAGUAGUGUCGGGUGACAUACUUGUGGACGGCAUUCGGACUGAUGCAUCCUUUGCUCACCAUAUUGGAUAUGUACAGCAGCAGGACCUUCAUCUCAGCACAACAACUGUCCGCGAAGCUUUGGAGUUUAGUGCUCUGCUCCGUCAAUCAGCCAGCAUACCGCGCCAAGAGAAGCUAGCCUACGUCGAGGAAGUAAUCAAAACCCUAGAGAUGGACGAAUUCGCGGAUGCGAUUGUUGGCAUUUCAGGAGAAGGCCUUAAUGUGGAACAGCGCAAGCGACUUACCAUUGGUGUUGAGCUCGCUGCAAGGCCAGAACUUCUUGUGUUCUUAGAUGAACCUACUUCCGGUCUAGAUUCCCAAACGUCGUGGGCGAUUUGUGACCUAAUCGAGAAGCUGGUUAAGAGUGGCCAGGCCGUUCUCUGCACUAUCCAUCAACCCUCCGCAAUACUAUUUCAGAGAUUCGACCGCCUCCUCCUGCUACAGCCAGGAGGCAAGACUGUCUAUUUUGGUGAUCUUGGCAGGAACGCGACUAUACUGAUCGACUAUCUAGAGCGCUAUGGGGCAGCGAAAUGUUCUGCAGAAGCAAAUCCUGCCGAAUGGAUGCUUAGCACCAUAGAACAACCUCCCCCAAACUCGGGCCAUACAGAUUGGUCUGAAGUGUGGCGUUCCUCCCCAGAAUAUCGAGAGAUGAAGCGGGAGCUAGAAAUUUUAAGGCAACGGAUGCACAAUAGGCAGCCUGCUAUACCGGCAGCCUCCACAGCAGAUCAUUGGCAGUUCGCCGUUCCCUUCUCCGUUCAAUUUUGGGAGGUCCUGAAACGUGUGUCAAGACACUUUUACCGCUCGCCCACUUACAUCUACUCCAAAGUUGUCUUAGUAGUCUUGUCGGUAGGCUGGAGCACUUUCUCUGCAGCUAGCACUACAAGUUUCGAGGCCCACAAUAGUAUACAGGGGCUCCAGAACCAGCUUUACGCAUUUUAUAUGUAUUUAACUCUCUUCGGGAGUCUCAACGAACAGAUUAUGCCCGUGUUUGUUCCCCAACGUGCACUGUACGAGGUGCGCGAGCAACCUUCCAGGAUGUACCAAUGGUCCACGUAUGUACUCUCUAAUAUUAUAGUGGAGGCCCUUUGGAACACGCUUGUAGCCGUUCUUAUGUAUUUUUGCUGGUUUUAUCCUGUUGGCUUCACACAGAAUAUGACUGUCGAGGACGUCCAUAUCCGUGGAUUCUUGGUCUUUCUAUUUCUGUGGAUGUUCAUGCUUUUUGUGAGCACGUUCUCACACCUAGUCAUCACGGCCAUGGAGACACCGGACACUGCAGGAACACUGGCCGCUUUGAUCUGGAUCCUGUGCAUUGCGUUCUGUGGGGUGGGCGUAUCUAAAGUAGAUCUGCCUGGCUUCUGGUCGUUUAUGUACUAUCUCUCACCUGCGACGUACCUCGUCAGUGGUGUGAUGUCAACCUCACUGAGUGGGUCCAAGGUGACGUGCGCAACAAAUGAGCUCCUUCAUGUUCGACCACUCAAAAACAUGACCUGCGGCGAAUAUAUGAGCGAGUUCAUUAGCCAUGCCGGCGGGUACCUCCUCGAUUCCAAUGCGACGGGACAGUGCGAGUACUGCACUCUAGCCUCUACAGAUGAAUACCUAGCCGGAUUCAAUAUUGACUUCAAGGAUAGAUGGCGGAACUUUGGACUACUUUGGGUUUACGUGGCAUUUAACAUUUUUGCUGCAUUGGGAGUGUAUUACUGUUUCCGAGCAUCCAAGUGCCACAAGGUGAAGAAGGGCAGCAGGAACACAAGAGAGAAAGGGAAUUAA